ACUACAACCAUGCCCUUCAUCGCUGCCUCUCUUUUGCACCACAAUAUAGCAAUCUCUUCAAAGUAUAAAACCGUCUUUGCAGUUGGAUAAUCAAAUAAUUACUAGACAAAUAAAUUAGCUUAAGUAUAGGAACCAUUUAUUGGUUGUCCUAGACGCAUUUCAGACACCUUCAGAAGCCAUAACCCUGUCUUCAGACAAGAGAUACCAGAGUUCUUCAGCCAUGGGCAAAUCCACCGUCAUUGAAAGAUGGUGGCUUGUCACCUUCGCAAGCUUUAUAGUCGUCCUUCUCUUUUUCCUCAAUCACAGCCCCGGUAGCAACAAUAUAUCAGUGCUUCAAAAUCUGACAAUGCCAAUUACAGCUACCAAUGGGCUCGCCAUGCCUACCAUGCUGUCUCCUUUGCCCCCAAACAUUACUGAGAAUGAGGAACCAGAAAAAUCUCCUAAUCAGUUUCCCAUGUCCAAGUUGCAAUCUUGCAUACCACAGAACGAAAACAAAGAUUUCACUGAAACAUCCUCUUCGCAGAUUCCUUUGUCAGGCUUGCAAAAUCCAAAACUGCCCGACUUGUCUGAUUUUGUGAAACAGGCAACCCCUUCUCUUCAGGUUACCAUUUCAGGUUUGCAAGAGGCAAAACGACCAUCAGAAAUAACUGAUAAAGUUGAAGCAACAACAACAUCUUCUUCUCAGACUCCUUUGUUAGACGCGCAACAUCACGAACCAUCCAAAUACAAUGAUGAUGAGGAACCAAUUACAACGGAGAAAGAAGGAAAAUGCAAUAUCUUCGAAGGAAAAUGGGUUUACGAUCCUAGGGAAAGUCCACUAUACGACGCGGCAAUGUGUCCAUUUUUUAGUGAUACAGUGAGCUGCCGAAGGAAUGGACGGCCAGACAGGGAAUAUGAAAAAUGGAGGUGGGAAGCUAAUGACUGCAAGAUUCCUCGGUUUAACGCCAAGGACAUGUUGGAGAGACUGAGAGGGAAGAGAGUUGUAAUAGUUGGGGAUUCGAUCAACUUUAGCCAAUUUGAAUCUCUUGCUUGCCUUUUGUAUUCUGCUAUACCUGAUCGAUCUUAUGUCGAUGCUCGGAGUCGGGUCUUCAGGGCAGAGUCUUAUAACUUGGUUAUUCAGUCUCACUGGGCUGAAUUUCUUGUGGAAGUCAUACUGAACAAAACAGAUGGCAAAAAGACUUUAAAACUCGACUCACUUGUCCCCACUGCCUGGAAAUGGAAAGAUGCUGAUAUUAUGGUGUUCAACACUGGUCACUGGUGGGUGAACCGCAAAAGGUGGGACUGGUUUCAGUACAAGCGGAAAGUGUUCGAUGAUAUGAAGAUUGAAACAGCGUUUAAGGUUGCAAUGAAGACUUGGGCUCGUUGGAUAGACAAAAACGUAGACACUAACAAAACAAAAGUCUACUUCAGGAGCAUGUCCCCGCCGCACUUUGGGAAGGACUGGUGCUACAAAGCAACCAAGCCCAUCAUGGAUGAGUCCUACCAAUUAACAUUCGGCAAAUCACUAAAAGAAAUUGUUGAGAAAACACUGGAAGGCAUGAGGACGCCGGUGAAGUACUUGAACAUCACAAAACUAAGCGAGUACCGGGCCGAUGCCCAUUCUUCCAUUUACGGAACAAAGCAAGGGAAAUUACUGGUGGCGACAAAACAAAAACCCCCAGCGAUGGUGGCUGAUUGUAGCCACUGGUGUUUGCCUGGUGUUCCUGAUACGUGGAACCACCUACUUUAUGCAUCUAUGGUCUUAGAUAGCUCUAGGGACAUUUCUACUUCCUGAAAUUCAAUUCGGUUUUUUUUUGUUAAUUUCUUUCUUUUCUUUUAAAAAAUUUGGUCAGAAGUGAUAAUGAUCACUGUGGAAACCAGAAGAUGCUAAAAUUGGAUUAAUGCGAACUGUCACUUGACAUUGAUACCAACAAAGAAAAGGAGCCUUCAGAUUUGACUCGCUACUCCAGGGAGAGACUGAGUUUGAAGUCGGUUCAAUAAUUACUACUUCAUUUCAGGGUUAGUUAUUUGCAUCAGUCCAUAUUGCAGUCAUCGUCUGUUGUUUAAUCAGGAAAGUUCGAUUACUUCAUUGAACCCAAGCCACGGCAUCCAAAGCAUUCCUUUCAUGAAAUUUCAAAUAUAUGUAUUGUAAUAAAUUGGUUA